CGGGGAAGAGUGCGCAUUGCUCUUGUCAUUGUUUACCAGCCGCUUGCAAACUUGAGUUCUUUUGAAGUUUUGCAUCGUUCAUAUUUACUUACUUUGACUUCGGGCUUAACGAGUGUGAUUAGCAAUCAUGUCAUCUGCAACAAAAGCGUCUAGGAUUGGGGAAGAGCUGUGGAAGACGAGAGUUGACAAAGUGAACGCCGAGUUGGUAACAUUAACGUACGGUACAAUUGUCGCGCAACUUUGCCAGGACUACGAUGGAAACUACCAAGAAGUGAACAAGCAACUGGAGAAGAUGGGCUACAAUAUUGGAAUGCGACUUAUCGAGGACUUCUUGGCCAAGUCGGGCGUGGGCCGUUGUGCUAAUUUCCGGGAAACAGCGGAUAUGAUCGCAAAGGUUGGGUUCAGGAUCUUCCUCAACAUCGCGCCCACGGUCACCAACUGGACGAGUGACAACAACCAAUUCUCUCUCAUAUUUGAAGAGAACCCGUUGGCGGAUUUCGUUGAGCUGCCCGAUGACGGACGGGCUCAAGAUGAGCUGUGGUUUUCUAAUAUUCUCUGUGGAGUUCUGCGGGGUGCAUUAGAGAUGGUGCAAAUGCAGAUCGAGGCGCAUUUUGUGAGCGACGUUUUGCGGGGCGAUGACACAACGGAAAUGCGGGUAUCACUUGUAAGGUACAUUGAGGACGAGAUGCCACCCGAUGAGGAGUGAUGGCGCCCGCCGCCUGGUUCUGAAAUUGUUUAUACAAGUAGAGGCGUCUGGUGUUAUGAGGGUUUAAUCCGCCGAUCUGGAGCUGCAGUUACCAAUGAAUACUACCUUUAUUACGGUUUAUGAUUGAUACUGAGUCUUGCAUCUGUAAUUCCAGUGUCUAGAUUUCUCGCACUAAACCCCGUUCACAUAGAAGGUCUCCUGCAGGUCACCAGUUCAAAACACCAAUCCAUUGUCACAGACGGACAAGAUGAACAAUUGCAUGAAAAUGGAACUAACGAGAAAAGCAAUUUACGACGAUAAUCUAGGUCUAGAACAUGACCUGUCAACAUAGUAG